GAUCAACGCCGCAAGCUUGAAGCCUGGAACCAAACACUUGCUCUUCUCAAGUAGCGAUAGCUUCUAAAACAGCUUGCCGAUGUAAGGAAAUGAGACUGAAAACAUGUCUGGACUCUGAAGUGCUGUAAGGGGCUUCUGGGAAAAGUUAAACAUGUCGUCGCCAGUGGCCGCGCUUAUUCCGCUUUUAAAGACAAACCCCUCCUCUCAGACAGCAUCGCAAGUAGCCCAGGAGGCCUCGCUGCUGGAGGAUGUUGCGGUGCAGUACAGCUCCACGUACGACUUCGUGUCCGCCAGCAACCCCGCCAGCCGCGCCUUUGGGGAGCUGUUCGAUGCGCUGGUGCGGCACCGGCUGCUGCACAGCGCCUGGCGUGUGUCGCUGCGGCCGGACCACCUGCUGCGGCUGCUGCAGUGCUGCCGCCUGCUGUCGCGCGACAACGUGCUGCGCCAGAGGCUGGUGGAGGCGGGAGGGGUCAAGGUGAUCUCGGAGUUGUUCCGGGACCAGGCUGCCGAGCACUUCAGCGGCACCAUCAGCUCCUUCCAGAUAGAGGUGCUCACCGAGUGCGCCUCAAUCAUCAAGAGGCUGGCGGGCGACGAGUGGGGCCUGGCGGCCCUGACCGCCGAGGAGGCGCACCUGACUCUGCUGCAGCUGCUCAGCAGCACCGACCCCGCGGUCCUGCCGCUGGUGCUGGUGGCGCUCAUUGGCUUCGCGGCGCACAGGACUCACUACGUGCACGUGACCUCCCCCGCCGCGCUGGAGACGCUGCUGCGCAUCGUGACCACCUACGACCUGCCCUUCAAGCGCCUGGCGGCCGACCUGCUGGCCCUGCUGGCCCGGCGUGAGGCGGUGGUGUCGGAGCUGCUGGCAGCCAGCGGGCUGGGGCGGCUGGUGGGGCAGCUGGCGCCGGGGGUGGACGGCCAGCUGGCGCACUCGCUGCUGCGCGUGCUGUGCUACGUGGCGGCGGACGCGGGGGCAGUGGCGGAGAUGUACCACGUGGGCUCCAUCCCUGUGCUGAUGUCCCUGGUGGGGUCUGCGGUGAAGGAGCUGGCCGCCAGCCCCACCCACUCCUGCCUGCCGCCCGGCCGCGUCACGGAGCUGCAGCUGGUGGCCACCUGCCUCACGCGCCUGGCCGAGCACGACGAGUGCGCGGCGCAGGUGCGCGCCUGCAACGGCGUCACGCUGCUGGGCAAGCUGCUGCUGGUGCAGCCCACCAAGGGCGAGGACGGCCGCCCCAGCGACAAGUCCAGCCGUGAGGUGCUCAGUCUCAAGGCCUACGUGUUCCGGGCCCUGAGGUACCUGUUUAGUGUGGAGCGGAACAGGAAGAUGUUCAAGCGGCUGUUCCCGCCCGACCUGUUCGCGGCCUUCAUCGACGCCGGCCACUACAACGCCCAGCUGCCCGCCUACGCGCCACUGGUCACACACUUCGAGGACCUGUCUGAGAAGCAGCGCGCGGGUGUGGCGGCGGCUCUGGACGACGUGUCUGUGGACCGCGAGGGCAGCGGGUUGCGGCAUGUGGGCGGAUAUGUCAUCCUGGAGAUGCUGGGCAAGGGCGCAUUCGGGGCGGUGUACAAGGCCAGGAAGUCCCGCGGUGAGUCGCUGGUGGCUCUGAAGGAGCUGCCGCUGUCGGACAUCGGGCUGUUCGGCGCCACGGAGAGCGAGGUGACGGCGGGCGUGGGGCGCAUGUGCAAGGAGGUGGAGAUCCUCAGCAGCCUCAGCCACCCCAACAUAGUCCAGUACUACGAGUCGUUCUCCUCCGGCCCCUACCUCUACAUCGCUAUGGAGCUGGUGGAGGGGGUGUCGCUGCUGGACCACCUGCAGGGGCUGGAGGGCAAGGGCAGGAGGAUGGCGGAGGCCGAGAUAUGGCAGGUGUUGAUCGCGGUGGUCCUGGCGCUCAACUACAUCCACGGCGUGAAGAAGAUCGUGCACCGCGACCUCACGCCCGCCAAUAUAGUGCUGGGGCAGGGGCCGGAGGGGCUGCGGCACACCAAGAUCGCUGACUUCGGUCUGGCCAAGCGGCUGAGCAGCAGUGUGGUGGCGCAGUCCAUGGUGGGCACCAUGCCCUACACAUGCCCCGAGAUCAUACAGCAGGAGCCCUACAGCGAGAAGGCGGACGUGUGGUCGCUGGGCUGUGUGACGUACCACAUGAUGAUGCUGCGACCGCCAUUCGACGGCACCAACCCGCUCAGUGUGGCUCACAAGAUCGUGGAGGGCGCCUACGAGCCGCCCUGCGACCCGCCGGCCGCCAGCGGGGCGCCGCCGUACAGCCCCGCGCUGAAGCGGCUGGUGGGAGUGCUCAUGACGCCCGACCCCAACAAGCGCCCCAGCAUCUCUGAGGUGGGCGCGCUGGUGAGUGGGCAGCUGAUGGCGUCACUGGAGCGGGCCGCGGCGCAGGAGCAGCGCAUGAGCAAGGCACUGCAGAUGGAGCGGACGGCUCUGCAGCAGCACCGCCGGCUGGGCAGCGCGGCGGCGGCGGCGGCGGCUGGCGGCGGCGGCGAGGGGCUGGGUCUGGCGGUGGGCAGUCCGCUGAGGGCGGUGGCGGUGCGCAAGGCCGCGGGCGGGGCGCCGGGGCAGGGCGCGGGCGCGGCGGCGGGCGGCCUGGCGGCUGCUGACGUGUUGUCCGGCGGCAGCGGCGGCGGCGUCCUGAUGGCCACCAGCUCCCCGCGCGUUGCGGACGGCCCCGGGGCGCUGGAGCGGUUUGACAGCCUCAACUCGGCCAUGGCGGCGGCGGCGGCGGCGGCUGCAGGCGAGCACGCCGGCCCCGGGCCCAGCAGCCAGGCGGCGGCGGCUGCAGGGGGUCUGCGCACUGUGUCUCUGGCCAGCAGCCGCCUCAAGCCUGUGAACGACCCGCUCACACAGAUGCUCACGCAGCUGCACAAGGUGAUGUGGGUGGAACAGCUGCCUCCGGGGCUGGCUCGCGACCACCGCCGGAGAGCGGUCGAGUCCUUCAGGCGACACCUGUUCGGGCCAGGCUCCCACGCGGGCAGUGUGAAGGCGGCGCUGGCCAAGCUGCUGGCGGGCGGCGGCGACCUGGUGGCGGACGUGGCGGGGCGGCCCAUAGACUUCGGCAGUGUGCCGCUGGCGCCGGGGGAGGGCGACACCACCGUGGCGGCGGCGGCGGCGGCGGCGGCGGCAGCGGCAGGAGGGGGAGGAGGAGCAGGAGGCGGAGGAGGAGGAGCAGGGGCCGCAGGCGGGGGAGGAGGUGGAGGCGGGGGUGGGGCGGGGGCCGGGGGCGGCGGUGUGGCGGGUCUGUCGUCUGACGGGCAUCUGACGUAUGAGCAGCUGAGUGGUGUGCUGGAGAGCCUGCUGGGGGAGAAGGGCUACUACAGCACAGGGCCGGGGGCGGCGGCGGCGGCGGGUGUGGUGGUGGUGCCUGAGACGGAGCUGCUGGAUCAACUGCCGCUGCCCAACUUCAACGCCACCGCCGGGCACGGACACGGAGGGGGGCUCGGAGGGGCGGGAGGGGCAGGCGGCGGGUUGGGGAGUGUGGGCAGUGUGGGCAACGGGACCCGCGGCCCCGGGGCACCGGCUGCUGCCGGGGGGCCAGGCGGCGGCGGCGGGCCGGCGGCGGGCUAUGUGGGGUUGCCUCCACUGGGGCGGAACCGGUAGCGCAGGCGGAGCUGCGUGGUGUGGGGGUAGGGUGGCGGCGGCACUGGUGGUGGUGGGGGUGGGUGGGUGUGGACAUGGGCACUGGUGGGAUGGCGGCGGCUCGGCCCCUGCUCUGACCUGACUGGCGGAUGUGGCGUGUUGCGCCGUGUGAUUGCUGCCGGUUGCUCAGUGACCCUGUGGUGCUGAAGGGCCGGCGGCGCCCAUGUGCGCAUCGUCUGACUGAGGCGCACUGGCUGACACGGCACCCGCGCAUACACCCACAAGCACCGUACGGGUGGGGACCGGGCUGCUGGGCGCCUGGGCUGACAACUUGACUGUCCCAUUGAUUUUGUGACUU